GGUACUGGUAUUUUGAACAAAGCUCAGUUGAUGAACAUUGGUUUUAUUGAAGCACGUAAACGUUUUGAUUUCAACUGUGUUAUAUUUCAUGAUGCCGACUUAAUACCAUUGGAUGAUAGAAUACCACAUGGUUGUGAUGAAGAGACGAUGGAGAGUGUGGUUCAUUUGAGUGUUGGAGUGAGUUCAUGGAAUUAUGUUUUACCUUACAAAACAUUGAUCGGUGGUGUUUUGAAAAUAUCGACUUCACACUUUAUGCAGGUUAAUGGUUAUUCGAAUAGUUAUUGGGGUUGGGGUGGAGAGGAUGAUGAUUUGGAGAGGCGACUGAGAGCAUCAAAUAAUAUGUGUAAACACAUUGAAAAGCCAAUAGGCAGAUAUUUUGCUCAACCUCACACUAAACAGGUUCGAGGGAAUAGAUGUUUAGUACUUCAUUUAUAA